AUGGAGAAAAACAACAAUUUAGAUGAUCCAAACAUCAAUUUAGAUGAUCUUUUGGAUCAAUUCACAGAUGAGGAACUUCAAGUCAACACCGACGAAGAAUUGAUUCGGUUGAUGAUACAAACCUAUCAACAACAACUUCCCAACACCACAAGGUCAAACCAAACAAGGAGGGUAGUUCAUCGAAAUCAUGAGGAAGGUCAUGAACAAUUGUUCAAUGACUAUUUCUUUGGAAAUCUGGUAUAUACAGAAACUCAGUUUCGAAGACGGUUUCGUAUGCGACGACAUGUGUUUCUCCGAGUUGUAGAUGCCGUAAGCAAUCAUGAUGAGUACUUUCGAAUGAGGCUCAAUGCAACGCGUAGAAGGGGCCUAUCACUGUUGCAAAGUGCAUAG